AUGGUUGAAAGGGUUGUGCUUCAGGUGUCAUGGCAUGAGUACAAACCACACUACCUCUCAAAGGACUCUCACAAAGACGGACAUGAUCAUGAAAAUGUGAACGACAUUGAUUCUGUUGCUGGUGGUGAACGAGCGUCAUUCGACAGAGCCGAUUUGAACAAUAACGGGUUGCUAGAUUCUGAAGAAUGGCUAAGAUUUUUCCAUCCAGAACACAACAAGGAUUCUUUGAAGGAGAUGGCUGGUGACAUCUUAAAGCUGUACGAUCUGGAUGGUGAUGGAAAAGUGACCAGAGAAGAAUUCUCGGCUUCACGCCCAUCAGAGAAGGGAGAUGACGACAAAUCGCUCCAAAAAAGGAAGGCGGAAAGGGAAGCCGAAUUCAACAAACAAAUCGACGCCAACGGUGACGGAGUGGCCACCAUCGAUGAGAUUUUCGAGUACAUCAAUCCACAAAACGCAAAAAGUCUUGCGGCUGAGGCAUCCGAACUUAUCGACGCCAUAGACAGUGAUGGUGAUCGAAGGCUGACAUUGGAUGAAUUACUGAAGCAGGAUCGACUCGUCGAAUUCAGUCCGUUACUCUCAGUGGCAGAAACGCUCCAUGAUGAUCUUUAG